AUUUUUGAGGAGAAAAUGAUCAAGCACCUAACUAUUUUCUUUAUUCUCGCAGCUUCCACAAGCGCCCAACAAGUGGUUUCUUGUCGAGUUUCUUUUACUGGACCGGCUUUUGGAGGAGUUUGUCCAGCAGGAAAUACUGAAGUCUCUAGUGGAGACUGUUGUCCAACUGCUCAGGUUGUUAAUGGAACAAUCACCUGUAACGGAGGGCUUGUAGGACCAUCAAUUGGCGGUUUGUGCCCGGCAGGAUCCAGUCUGACUACUGCUCGUGAUUGCUGCAACAAUGCGAAUAUUGUGAUCACCACUCCAUGUGUCGACGUGUAUCCAAGAUGCGCACACUAUCAAAAAUGUUGUGCCAAUCCACAAUUCGAGGCAAAAAUGAGAGCAAACUGCGCGCUUACUUGCAAAUUCUGCACUCCAACACCUAACAAUGGAUAACUGAGAUGAUUUUUUCAAUGAAUUAACUGUACUUUAUAGUGGGAAUAAACAAUGUUUUAGUUUUA